CUGCACGUGACCCCCUCGCCGUUCUGGUCAGCUCGUGACACACAUUUUUUUUAAACCGCCAGUUGGCCACACGUCAACGGCGACGUUAAUAACGUCGUAACUGCCGCCGCCGAACCGUUGUGUGUGUGUGUGUUUUUGUGUACGUGUACGCGCGUCACCAGCGGCUCGCGCUCUCUCUCUCACACUCUCACCGUCACGCGCGCGCGCUGCACAUCACCCCCGCGAGCUCACCGCCACACAGCCGGUUAGCUCGCUAGCUAACGGCCGCGUCCUCCCAACUGCCAGCGUUCUGUCCCCCCCCCCCCUCCCCCCCUUCUUCUUCCCGGUGAUGCGUUGACGUGGUUAACGUUGAAGUAACGGAUUAUCGUCACCCCCUCCCUCGGCUGACCGGGAGCCGCCAUGGAGUGCCGCGUGCUGUCCAUACAGAGCCACGUCGUCCGGGGAUACGUGGGCAACAAGAGCGCCUCGUUCCCGUUACAGGUGUUGGGGUUUGAGGUGGACUCCAUCAACUCCGUCCAGUUCUCCAACCACACGGGCUACGCUCAUUGGAAAGGCCAGGUGUUGACGGCAGACGAGCUGCACGUUCUGUACGAGGGAAUCAAACUGAACAACGUCCACCACUACGACUACGUUCUCACAGGGUACACCAGAGACACGUCCUUCCUGGAGAUGGUCGUGGACAUCGUGCAGGAGCUCAAGAGAGCCAACCCCAACCUGGUGUACGUUUGUGACCCCGUCCUCGGUGAUCAUGGAUCUAUGUACGUCCCUCAGAACCUGUACCCGGUCUAUAAGAACAAGGUGGUCCCCGUCGCCGACAUCAUCACUCCAAACCAGUUCGAGGCCGAAUUAUUGACGGGGAAGAACAUCAGCACAGAGGAAGACGCCCUGGAGGUCAUGGACCUCCUCCACGCCAUGGGCCCAGACACGGUGGUCAUCACCUCCUCCGACCUGCCCUCCAGACUGGGAGACCGCUUCCUGGUGUCGCUGGGCAGCCAGCGCCAAGUGCGUCCCGACGGCAGCAAGACGACGCAGAGGGUCCGAAUGGAGGUUCACAAAGUGGACGCCGUCUUCGUGGGAACCGGAGAUCUGUUCGCCGCCAUGCUGCUGGCGUGGACGCACCACUACCCCAACGACCUGAAGAUGGCCUGUGAGAAAACCUUUUCAGUGAUGCAUCACGUUAUCCAGAGGACAAUUUCAUACGCUCACAAGUUGGCGGGUCCCGGUCGGAAGCCCAGUCCGCCCCAGCUGGAGCUGAGGAUGGUGCAAAGUAAAGCUGACAUCGAAGACCCUGCUAUAGUGACGGAGGCCACGGUCAUAUCCUAACACCACCCAUCAGACUCAUGCUAACCUUUGACCCCCCACACCCCACCACCCUCGUGAAUCCCUCCCGUCCAGUAUCUCGGUGAAUCUCUCGUCACUGUAAAACUUUGACUGUCGUUUUCCAAAACGUUCAACACCUCAUCAUCCAGAAAAAAGACUAAAUAACCUUCGUAUUGUAACCCCCCCCCUCUCCCCCCAUCCCCCUGUAGUCAGUGUCCCGAACACCCUUGACCCCGUGACCCUUUGACCCCCAGACGAGAGCCACGGAUAGACAGUUAAGUCUAUGUCACACAGUUGUUGUUGUUUUUAGAAAGCCGUAUACAUAUAUAUAUUUAUAUAUAUAUAUUUAUAUAUAUAUAUAUAUAUAUAUAUAUAUGAAAAAAUAAUAAUACUGGUAAUACUAAGGGAUAUGAAGUGGGGUAUGGUUAAUUAGGAGGUCCGAUCCCUCGGCACAACAGAGAACUCGUUUUUGAUUUGUUAAAGUCCCAUUUUGACCAAGAUGUCAUAUUUGUGAUAGAAAAAGGCAUUUUAAUAAUACGUAAUACGAGGACGAAUCGAGUUCUCGUACUUCUGGUAAAAACACUGAUUUGAAAGAUUCUCUGUCUUCGAAUCCAAAUGUCUGUUUUAAAUUAUUUCAUUUUAUUUUUGAAGAAGUCCGGUUUCAUACGGGCGGAAACGAUAAUUAAUAAUUUAAUUCACUGCCGCUAAAGCUGCAGAUAUUCUUUUCCCACACUUGUAGAAGAAAGGUGUCACACACACGCGCACACGCACACACGCACACGCACACACACGCCGGUUGAUGGAGACCAACAGGGCCACAUCCUGCAGAACAUUUCUCCACAACGUGAUCUGAACUGAUUUCAGCUGCCGAUGCUCCGAAGCUCUACCUCUAAAUUGUUAAAAAAACAAACUUUGCCUUUUUGCUUUUUUACUGCCACUCCACUCAACUUGCGUAUACAUAUCUAAAUACUUAUUUUUGACACACACACACACACACACACACACACACACACACACACACCAGUUGCCAGGUAGCAGCACUUGUCUCUCCGUGGCUCUGCACACCACUAUUUCAACCCCCCCCCUCCCCCGUCUUAAAGCAGUGAUGUAAUGGUGACCAAGUAUAACCCCCCAUAAAGAACCCCACCCCACCCACCUUUAAAAUAUAACAAAAGAAAAAAAGACGCACAAUGUAUAGUUGAUGUAUAGAUGUUGUACUCUAACUGUAUUGGACCAUCUGUAUGAUAUCUUCGAUUGGACCAUUGUGUUGAUGCUACUGUACCAUAGUCAUACACACACGGUGACCCGAGACCUUCGGGCUGGUUCUGGCACCUUGGGGGGGGGGGUCUCCGGGCCGUUGUCUCACAACAGUACCUGGUAACCGUCGUCUUAAUAGUUGUAGUGUGUCGUUGAACUUCUUCUUUUAAAUCGCAGCGCAGCAGAAAAUGCAAAACAAUACAAUAAAAAAUAAAAAAAGGGCAACGUGAGCCGAGCGAGAACCUCGGUGGCAGAACCAACCCGGUUCCCCUAACCGUGAACCCAGAACCCUAUAUCUGAGAGGUGUGCCACGGAAUUUACUGAAGGCAUCGAGAAGUUGUGACCCAUCACCUCUCUCACCCCCCCCCCACAGUCCUUUUUGUUGUCUUUGUUUAGGCCGCUCCUCACUCCACUGUUGCCACGGCAACAGACAGGAUGAGUUUUAAUUAUAUUAAUAAUGAUUUAAUUAAUCAAGAUUUAUUUAUUUUUAUUUAUUUAAAAUCCAUAAUUUAAUUGAGUUAUUCUGAUAUUUCAUAUCUGGGAUUCUUUAUUUAUUUUCUAUUAUUUCCGUCUACAUAAUGAAAACCUAAAAGUGAAAAAUAGAAACAUUUUCAAUUAACGUUGAUUAAAAAAAACUGAAUCUGGAGCCGAGAAGCGUUUUGCGUUAAUUAUUGUUAUUAUUAUUAAUAAUUAUUUAAACUAUUGCCAAAGUUUAAGCGAGCUAUGUGCAAUACGACACGGAUGAGCUGUUAACUCCUCUAAACACAAGAUACUCGUUUUCUGGAUUACUCAGAAAACCUUUUUAUUAUUUUAAAUAAAAAAUAAAAAGUUUUAUGAUUUGAGGAAACCAACUCGGUCUUUCAACCAGCUCAUGAACCUGCUACCUGGAGCGAUAAUGUUACUUUAAAUAUAUUUUUUGUUGAUAUUAGUCAAUCUGCUGCUCGUGCUUUCAUCAUAAUUCAUUUUAAAAUGGCGGCCAGAGCGGCGUGGAGUUCCUCCGUCGGUCAUGACGGUGUUUUGCGGUCGGCGCCGCAGGAAAUGAGAUUCUAACGACACUUUUAACUCGCCUCAGUAUCUCGUUGCUUUCUGAUUUUAAUGUUAACGAGACUGCUAACAUUUCAACAAACCAAAUAUAUACAAAUAUAUAUAUAUUUAUAUAUAUAUGUAUGUAAACCCGCUGGAUAUUGGGUUCUGGGCGGUCCGGUGUGGUUCUGUCCUGCUGUUGUUUCUCUAUGGACUGUACUGUGAUACUGCCUUAGGAACCUAACGUCGGAGGAGGAGGAGGAAGAGGAGACAUAAUGUAGGUACCUUUGAUGCACAUUCCUGUUCUGCAGACGCAAAGAAAAAGUUAUUUACAUUUUUAUAGUUUUUUUGGGGGGGUUUAGAAAAUGACAGAAAAUUAUGAUCACAUUGUCCUUCAAAUGUUCUUUUUUCAAUUUUUUUUACUCAAAAAUAUUCGACGAUGUAAUGCUGCAAAGCAGCGGGAACUUUAUUUUAAUAUACAUUUUUAAAAAUGAUUUAUCUAACGAUGACGGUGGGAGAGAGAAAAAAAUGCAGUCUCAUUUUGAGAAUAUACAAAAAAAAUACCUGUGUGUGAGAGAGUGUGUGUAUAUAAAUGUCCUCUAUGGUCACAGGGUUGUGUGUGUGUGUGUGUAAUGAAAGAGGAACUUUCAAAGGUUUAAAAAACAAACAAAAAAAGAAAGAUGUAAAUAGUGUUGAUGAGGAGGGGCGGGAUGUUCAAGAGGAGCGUCAUUCACCACUUUCAUUUUCCCCUAUCUGCUUAAACAAAUGGAGGUGUGUGUGUGUGUGUGUGUGUUAGAUGGCAAUGCUGUACCCUGGGAGUGUUUUUUUGGGGGGGGCGGCGCCACGAUUUUCACUUUUUUUUAAUGUCAUAUCAACGGUUUUUCGGCUUGAUGGGCAGCUCUGGCGAACUUUCACAAUAAAAGGCGUUUAAUUCAAAGUCUAAAUUACGCGACAACUUCCCACAUCACUCGCUUUUUUGGGGGAGGGCUAAAUUAACAGAUUGGAUGGUGGAACCAUAACUAAGCGGGACCAACUUCAACCCCCCCCAUCUCCUCUUGCGAUGAACCCUCUCAUCCUCAUCAGUUUGGUUAAAAAAAUGGCUGCCCCCCUAAAAAUAAAUAAAACCUCCAAUGGUCAACCCAUCUGUCUUCGACCGUGGUCCUCUCCUCCUCUCCUCUUCUCCUCUCUUUCCGAUUGACUGUUUGUGUCUCCGCCAUCUUGUUUUUUAGUUGUUUUUUUCUUUCUGUUUCUUGGUGGCCAAAAACAAAAACAGAGGAAAUGUACUGAUCAUCGUUCGGUAACUGUUUUUAGUGCUAUGUUUUUGGAGAGGUACGAGUAUUUUCUAACAUGUUACAAUAAAAGAUUGUAGUGUACAAAUUCACAUUUAUAAAAUAUAUAUAUAUAGAUAUAUAUGAGAAAUGUAUGUUCUAAUGCAAUAAAGAGAGAUUAAGAAUUAUGAAAAUCA